AUGGGUAUCCGGUUAAGAACAUUUGCAGUGACUGCUCUGGCUACUAUAAGCAGCGCAUCUCCGCUUGUAUAUCCCCGAGACAGUUCGAGCUCAAACAUCAGUUACGCUUUCACCUACUCCAAUGGCCUGAAUUUCACUCAGAUGAACACCAGCCUACCCAAUGUGACUAUAUUCGCAACCGGAGGUACAAUCGCGGGCUCCGCGGCGGACAACACCGCAACAACAGGCUACCAAGCCGGCGCCCUAGGGAUCCAAUCCCUCAUCGACGCCGUCCCCGAAAUGCUCGAUGUCGUCAACGUAGCCGGUAUCCAAAUCACUAACGUCGCCAGCGGCGACGUCUCCUCCUCUAUACUGCUAAGCAUGGCGCACCGCCUCAACAAAGUCGUCUGCAACGACCCAACCAUGGCCGGCGCAGUCGUCACCCACGGCACGGACACCCUCGAGGAAACAGCCUUCUUCCUCGACGCAACAGUCACCUGCGGCAAGCCCAUUGUGAUCGUCGGUGCAAUGCGUCCGGCAACAGCCAUCUCGGCCGACGGGCCCUUCAACCUCCUCCAAUCUGUGACGGUGGCUGCGAGUCCCGAGGCAAGGAAUCGGGGGAGCUUGGUUGUUAUGAAUGACCGUAUUGCAUCAGCUUAUUAUGUCUCCAAGACGAAUGCGAACACAAUGGACACGUUCAAGGCCGUUGAGAUGGGGUAUCUCGGUGCUAUUGUCUCGAACACGCCUUAUUUCUUCUACCCGCCUGUUCUGCCGACGGGGAAGACUGCUUUCGAUGUAUCGGAUGUCGCCUCCAUUCCGCGCGUGGAUAUCCUGUACUCGUACCAGGAUAUGAGCAACGAUACGCUCUUCUCUGCCGUCGAGAAUGGUGCAAAGGGUGUUGUUAUCGCGGGUUCAGGAGCUGGCGCCGUCAACACUCCUUUCUCGACGGCCAUUUCGUCUCUUGUUACAAAGCACCAUUUCCCCAUCGUUCAGAGCACCCGCACUGGCAACGGCGAAGUUCCAUACUCAGAGUCUGGCGGUAUCUCAAGCGGGUUCUUAAGCCCACCCAAGGCGCGUAUUCUGCUCGGGCUGCUACUAGCGAAGGGACAAAAGGUUGAGGAAAUAAGGGCGGCCUUUGGGAAGACUGGUGUUUGA